UGCAGAGGACGUCAAACACACGCGCACACACUCAUUCAGCAACAAUGGUCUCGUUUACGGCCCUAGGUCCUGUUCUGCUGAUGUGGUCAUGCCACUUUCAGACAAGCUGGUCCAAUAUGACUACCGAUUCCACAACUGAAACAACUACAGAAGAAUUCACUCCUGAUUAUGAAAAAUAUGAAAUGGUGUGUGGGAAAGACUCCAAUCGAAACUUCCGAUCGUGGUUCAUACCAUCAAUCUACAGCAUCAUCUGCUUCCUGGCUCUCCUAGGAAACUUCCUGGUCAUUCUGACUUAUGUCCAUUUCAAGCGGAUUAAGACCAUGACUGACAUCUUCCUGCUGAACCUGGCCAUCGCUGACCUGCUCUUUGCACUAUCGCUGCCCUUCUGGGCUGCUAGCGUCAUGUCCAAAUGGCCACUUGGGCAGUUUUUGUGCAAGGCCAUGUAUGCCAUCUACAAGAUCACCUUUUUCAGCGGCAUGUUCCUACUCACUUGUAUCAGCGUGGACAGGUACUUCUCCAUCACCAAAGCUGUCUCUGCUCACCGCUACCGUUCCAGCGCCAUUCACUAUGGACGCAUAUCUUCCCUGGUCACUUGGGUGAUGGCUGUGUUCUUCUCCUUGCCUGAGAUAAUCUACUCUAAUGUCAACUCGAACAACACAUGCGUGGGAUACAACAACGGGUACGAAGAUCUCCGCAUCUCCAUGCUGGUCAGCCAGAUGGUUCUGGGCUUUGUCCUGCCAGCACUCGUGAUGGUUUUCUGUUACAGCUGCAUCAUUAAGACCCUCGUGCAAGCCAGGAACUUUGAGAGGAAUAAAGCCUUAAAGGUGAUCUUCGCCGUCGUGGUCGUGUUCAUUGUCAGCCAGCUGCCGUAUAAUGUGGUGAUGGGACUGAGCACACACAACACCACCGUGUGUGACCUCGAUAACAAUCUCCUCUACGCCAUGGAUGUAAGCCAAGGUAUCGCCUUCCUGCGCUGCUGCGUGAACCCUUUCCUGUAUGCCUUCAUUGGAGUGAAGUUUCGCAAUGAUCUGCUGAAACUAAUGAAGUUUCUGGGCUUCUCAACUCCCAGCCAUGUCAUAUACUCCGGUAAGAGGAAAUCCUCAGCUGGGCUCGAUACUGACACCACUUCAUUUUCCCCAUGAGUCAGUGACUUUUCUCUUUUUUUUAAAAAAAAUAUAUAUGCUUUAUUUUUCUAUAUUAACUAUUGUGGUUAUUCAUUCAUUCUUUGUUCUUUUUUGCUUUACAUUUUAUUCCAUAUUUGUUUCAUGUCAUAUUUUUCAGAUUUGUAAGAUUUUUCUUAUCAAAACAAGGACAUUUUUUAACAGUCUCCAUUUUAUAUUCUCCAAGAAGUACAAUA